GCUACAAAAUGCCUUCACACUAACGACUCGCUGCAUCCUUUUACUGGUAUUUUAUUACUGUAGAGUAAACGGCGAGUUCUCAAUCGAGAUCAAUGAGUGCUUGUAUAUCGUUUCUGUGAUUUAAGUAAUGGGAAAUUCUUAAAUUUUCUUAUAAAGAUUGCGCUGAAAUAUGGACCUUGUGUCGGAUGCAUGUUCGCUAAGAUGGAAAUGCCGGAUGACACCGACAUCCUAGUAAUAGAAGGAACGCUACUUCUUUGAGGACAAAUGGCAGUGGUUUAAUGAUGUCAUUGACAAGAAAGAAAUCAUCUGGGAGCUACUUUAUUUUCCUGUUUUUACACUGUCAGAUCGUGUCUGCUCACAAACCAAGAUCCACUUUAGCUGAAGCACGUGUUCGGCCGAAGUUAUUGGACUCGUGCAUGAAUGUAACCAACUACACUCCUCCCCGCUGUAUUGACCACCCAACCGGCUAUGGCUGUGAUUGUGGACCAGGCUUCCAUUGGAAUACUGUUAUCUGCAUGUCCACAGCCAUAGACUCACGACUUGAAUUUUCACAGCAAUCCCCAGUCCGUUAUACUUUGUUAAUGGGCAAAGCUUUUCCAAGUCUGUCAGAAUUAACAGUUGCUUUCUGGAUUAAGGUGCCAGACUCGUCCCAAGAAGGAACCAUAAUGUCAUAUAAACAUGAUGCUUAUGGGCAAGUUUUCAUAAUGAGUAGCAGUCCGGCCUUGACCUUCCGUAUUUGGAACCAGAAGAUUGAAACUGGUCUUGCAUUUUCUCCAAAUAAAUGGUGGCAUAUUGCAUUUGCGUGGACAUCAAAAGAUGGAAGUUGGGUUCUUUAUCUGAAUGGUGAAAAGAAAAUGUCGGCUCCUGGUUCCAGGAGCAAGCAGAUUCCAUUCGGCGGCGAGUUUGUUCUGGGCCAGGCACCGAGGGGUGAAAAAGACUUCAACUUAGAAAAGGCAUUUGUAGGAGAUCUCACGCAUUUGCACAUCUGGAGUUUCUUGUUGACACAGGGGGAGAUUUACCAUAUAAGGCAUUCGUGCGGACUCAUGUACUGUGGGGAUGCUGUGCAAUGGACGGAAUUCCGCAGGGGGACAAGGGGUGCGAUGCGAAUGCGAUGGCCAUCGGGAGUAUUACCAACUGGGAAGUGUUUCACAGAAGAUGAAAUGGGUGAAUCAUGCAACAGGCACUGCAGUGAUACCAUUGGUGCACAGUGUAACGAACAGAUAGUUGAGAAUAUCAGAUGGACAAGGACCCCAGCAAAGAACACAAUAUCUGUUCAAUGCCCGAAAGAUGUUCUCAGCAAGGAAAAAGAAGUGAACACUACAGCAAUAGGAACAAGACCAUGUUUUGUAACUGCCGAGAACGAAGGCGAAUGGGGUAAAGCUAAUAUAGACAAUUGUAUUUCGCCGGAUCUCAGAAAACUCAAAUAUAAGUUUCAGAAACACUUACUUGCCGAUUACAUAGACGAACGGUUAUUACUAGAUCUUGGACAUGGGCUUGUUAUUCACACCAAAUCUAAUGCUUAUGGUAACCCGGUGGAUGUUGCAACGGUCAUUGACCUUUUGGCAAUGUUAGUGAACACCCAGGCUAACGUUAUAGUAUUGCAAGUACAGCAAUGGACUGACGGAAACCAGACUUACGCAAGAGCGCUCGGGAGGUUUCCAACUGUGGAAGAAACUAAGGAAUUCAUCGAGAUUGUGGCAGAUGUUGUGGACAACCUCCUCAGUGAGAAGCAUGGCUAUGGAUGGAAUGCAACACAGCCUCCGGGAACUGAGGGCGAUAACCUUAUGAAAGUCUUGGAAACAUUCGCACAUGUGAUGUCACGUAGUUUACAAAAUCACAUGAUCGACGGCAAUAUAGGAGGAAACGUCCAGUUUGAGGAAGCCAAUUUAAAAACAGUUCGGCCAAAAAUAGAGAUAAGCGCACAAGCACAGUGGAUUCAGAAAUUCAAAGGUUCAAAAUUUCCUUCAUCAAAAGACCGUGCAUCUGGGAUCCAGUCCAACUAUGGAGAGGUAGAAAUGCCAUCAACAAUUCUUUCAGCUGUGAACGAUUCAGAUCUACCAUCGUUUGUGAAGACGGCUGGAUUGCGUGUUCUUGGAAUGACUGCGAUGUUGCCAAAUCAUGAUUUACGAGCAACUGGUAAAAAGGCAAAGGAGGAUAAUUUGAAUACACCAAUUAUUGCGAUGUUUCUGCAUACCGGAAGUCUAGAUAUAUCCAGUAACCUUUCUACACCAGUAGAAUUCACCCUGCCAUACUUAAAUACGUUCAACAUAUCAAACCCAGAAUGCGUACGCCUUGAACAUGGCACGACUUUUGGUGGAAAAAUAACAGAAUGGCGGUGGACACGAAAUGGCUGUGAACUUAAAGAGGACAGAGGGGAUGAAGGUGUUUGCGCAUGCUCCGUCACGGGCAUUUUUGCCAUCACCACAGAUAUGUACAACGAUAAUUGGAACAAAGGAGAGGUCCGGCCUAUUCUAAUGAACUUCGCUUCCUAUAUCGGUUGUUGUGCAUCGGCAACGUUUUGUCUUACCACAUGUCUCCUUCACAUAUACUAUAAGACUUCUUCGAGCACAGCAUCUCUUCAUAAAAAUCUGGGCAUGUCUGUUGUCUUUGGACAGCUUGUCUUUAUGAUUGGGAUAGAUCAGUACGAAAAUACGAUCGUGUGCCAGAUAUUUGCAGUUUGUCUACAUUACUUUUUCCUUGCCAACUUCUCAUGGUUAAUGAACGAAGCAUUCAAUCUAUACAUUGUCAUCACAUAUUCGUCGCACGCUCAUGACGGUAACAACGAAGGGUCUCUGGUCAGAUAUUACAUACUAGGCUGGAUCAUACCUGCUGUUCUAGUUGGUGCUUUUGUAGGAUCUCAAGGUCAGCAUUAUUAUGCCAAAGAUAUGUGCUGGAUAUCAUGGGGAAAUUUAUGGUUGUUUGUUGGUCCAGCUCUUGGAAUUAUAGCGGUAUCAAUAAUGGUUUUAAUUUUCACUGCUAAAGAACAUAAUGAAAAUUCAUACACGAAGUCGGAGAAAAGUAACAAAUCCAUUAUACUCCUGAUGAAAGCAUUGUGGACACAGAUUAUACUUAUUACAGUUGUGUGGUCAUUUGCGUUUAUAUCACUUAGAAUGUCAGAUAGAAUUGUAAAAUAUAUAUUUGGGCUGUUUAAUUGUCUUCAGGGAUCAUUCUUCUUUGUAUUUUACCUACUGCUGAACGAAGAGGUUAGAAACAUAUUUAAAAGCAAGAAGAAGAAGCGAACACUUACAGCACAUGGUUUUGAUGAAAUUGAUGAUAGAUCUGUUGAUUCUAAUGCAUCAACUCAUCUUGUCGAAAAGGAUAGGCUAGAAACUCUCGCUCUCGAUCCGCGUCCGAGAAGACGACGAGAUCACAAACGAAGACAAAGGAAGAAGUCACAGAAAAACCACGAGGAAGAGGAUGAACGUAUAGCAUCCGAUUGUGAAAUGAUCACAUCAGUUUAAGGACGUGCAUAUAUCCUCAGUCUAUGAAAUGACCACACCAAAGGUUAAGCCUCUGACUCUGAAAUGAUCACAUCAGUUUAAGGACGUGCGUUAUCCUCAGGCUGUGAAAUGAUCACAACAAAGCGUUUAGCCUCUGACUCUGAAAUGAUCACAUCAGUUAUCCUCAGCUUGUGAAAUAAUCACACAAGCAAAAGCGUUUCAGACUAUGAAAUGAUCACAACAGUCACAACUCAGAAAAUAAAGCGAUCAGAUCUGUUUGAGGGCGGAGGUUUAACCUCAGACUGAAAUGAUCCCAUAGAGAGAAAAGAAAACCAGGCUGUGAAAUGGUCACAGGAGUUAAAUAGUGCCAACACUAUUUAAAUGUCGGAGGUUAGAAUGACACGUUUUGGAAUCGUUGACUUCAAAUAAGAUGUUCCAGCUGCCGCACUUGUGCCUGUUUUUUUAACAUUUCAUUUACACAAAUUGGCUGACUUCCCUUGUUCUGGAGACGUAUUUGUUAUGUUAUCCAGACAUACAUGAUUUGUUAAAAGAUAUUUAAAAGUUUACAAUUCAGAUAAUAAGAUGACGACACCGUUAGAUCAGGGUAGAAAAUGUUAACAGAUAAUUUAAAGGCACCGACCUCAAGAUUGUGGCUAAAAUGAUCUUUCGUUAAUAUUGAAAUUUUGGACAUAACUUUUUUUCUUUAAAACUCUUAAAUAUGCCAAAUUAAGAAAAAAAACAUGCCCGGGUCGGGAUUCGAACCCGGGCCGCCGCGUCAAUAAAGAUUUUCCUGCGAUACUUGACCAGUAUACCACGAAGGAAUACGUACUUAACGUUCGUAAGAUAUAAAACUUUAUAAUUAAGAUAGUUAACCUCCGGUAUCCCGUUACACAUGCCUUUCGAUUUGAAUAAACAACUAAUUCUUAUGUAUUUCCAUAUCAUAUUGAUAAUCUGUAAGGAUCUAAGUUUUAAAGCCUUCUUAAGAAAUAUAGCAAUGCUUUUCCGAUAUAAAAAAAAUGCUGUGUUUUGUUGUUAUCGUACGACCUGGGGGUCAGUGCCUUUAAAGACUAUUUUGAAAUGUGAUUGCCGUCCGUUCUGAAGGACAUUUUCACUUCCAAUGCUACAUAUUUGAUAGACUAGCUCCUAGACUAUGAUAUAUCUUUUUACAUUUUUAUGAUUGAAUGUAGUGAACUGAGCCAGUCUGUAUCCUAUGUCCAAUAUCAUAGACUGAUAAUUUCAACAUCAUUCCUCUGUGAAAAUCUCUAAAAUAGACUGGCCUUUGUCUCUAUGAAAUUGAAUUUGUCAAGAAAGGGAAAAAUGUAGAAAUAUAUUUAUUAUCAGUCUAGUGGCUAGUCUACAUGUUUGGUGAAUCUAGGUUGUUUUCAUACUAUCAAGUCAUAGGCAACAAGUGUAUCUUAUACGGCGAUCAAUAUUAAUUUGAUGUAAAUCAAAAUGUUUAUUUUCAUUAUGAAGAUUAUUUAGGAAACUGGCGAUUGUAAAGUGCAAACGUCACUAGAUGUUAGUUACAAUAUUUGUCAUACUUUCAUUUUUCAAACUCAAAAGUAUUAACUAUUGCUUUGAAUUCUGUAUUGUUACUUUUUAAAAGUUGUACUGCAUCGUAAGGA